AUGUCUUCCCGACCUGACCUCAAGGUCGACGACGAAGUCGGUUUCAUCCGCUUCUACCGCUCCCUCCCUGACAAUACCAACAAUGAAACCAUCCGAGUCUUUGACCGCGGCGACUGGUACUCAGCGCACGGCACUAAUGCUGAGUUUAUUGCCCGCACAGUCUACAAAACCACCGCCGUCCUGCGCAACCUGGGCCGCAGCGAGACAGGCGGCCUCCCCUCCGUAACUAUGAGCGUGACGGUCUUCCGCAACUUCCUUCGCGAGGCGCUCUUUCGGCUUAACAAAAGAAUUGAGAUUUGGGAAUCUGGAGGUACGGGCAAGGGGCAGUGGAAAUUGGGGAAGCAGGCUAGUCCUGGGAACUUGCAGGAUGUGGAAGAGGAAUUGGGGAGUGUGGGUGGAUUGGCGUUGGAUGCGACAGCGCCGAUCAUUCUUGCUGUGAAGAUUAGUGCGAAGGUGGAGGGGAGGGGUGUUGGUGUUUGUUUUGCUGAUGCGAGUGUGCGAGAGUUGGGGGUUAGUGAGUUUCUAGAUAACGAUGUUUACUCGAACUUUGAGUCGUUGGUGAUUCAGUUGGGUGUGAAGGAGUGUCUGGUGCAGAUGGAUUCCGGAAGGAAGGAUGUCGAAUUGGGCAAGAUCCGGACGAUUGCGGAUAGCUGCGGGAUUGCUAUUUCGGAGCGGCCUUCGGCAGAUUUUGGUGUCAAGGAUAUCGAGCAGGAUCUGACACGAUUGCUGCGCGAUGAGCGCUCGGCUGGGACACUGCCACAAACGGAGCUGAAGUUGGCGAUGGGUUCGGCAUCAUCGCUGAUCAAGUAUCUCGGGGUUAUGUCUGAUCCGACCAAUUUCGGGCAGUAUCAGCUCUACCAGCAUGAUUUGUCACAGUACAUGAAGCUGGAUUCGUCGGCGCUGCGCGCGCUCAAUCUCAUGCCUGGUCCGCGGGAUGGGUCGAAGAAUAUGAGUCUGUUUGGGUUGCUGAAUCACUGCAAGACGCCUGUGGGCAGUCGGUUGCUGGCGCAGUGGCUGAAGCAGCCGUUGAUGGAUAUCAAGGAGAUCGAGAAGCGGCAUACGUUGGUCGAGGCGUUUGUUGAGAAUACCGAGCUGCGGCAGAAUAUGCAGGAGGAGCAUCUGCGUUCAAUUCCUGACUUGUACCGGCUGGCUAAGCGGUUCCAGCGCAAGCAGGCUAAUCUGGAAGAUGUCGUUCGUGUGUACCAGGUUGCUAUUCGUCUUCCCGGGUUUGUUAGCUCUUUGGAAAAUGUCAUGGACGAACAAUACCAGACGCCUCUGGAGACGGAAUAUACAACCAAGCUUCGACAGUAUUCAGACAGCUUGGCUAGGCUGGAGGAAAUGGUCGAGACGACAGUUGACCUUGAUGCGUUGGAGAACCACGAGUUCAUUAUCAAGCCCGAGUUCGACGACAGCCUCCGCAUUAUCCGGAAGAAGCUGGAUAAGCUGCGGAACGACAUGGACUCAGAGCAUCGCCGUGUGGCACGGGAUCUGGACCAGGAGGCGGAUAAGAAGCUCUUCCUUGAGAACCAUCGUGUGCACGGUUGGUGCUUCCGACUCACUCGUACGGAGGCGGGAUGUAUUCGAAAUAAGAGAGAGUACCAAGAAUGCUCGACGCAGAAGAACGGUGUUUACUUUACCACGUCGACUAUGCAGUCUCUUCGCCGCGAACAUGACCAGCUGUCUUCGAACUACAACCGCACGCAGACCGGUCUCGUCCAUGAAGUUGUCGCCGUUGCCGCGUCUUACUGUCCCGUCCUGGAACAACUUGCCGGUGUGCUGGCCCAUCUCGAUGUCAUCGUUAGCUUCGCGCAUUCAUCCACACAUGCCCCGUCCUCCUAUGUGCGCCCGAAGAUGCACCCUCGUGGCACGGGAAGCACGAUCCUCAAAGAAGCCCGUCACCCAUGCAUGGAAAUGCAGGAUGACAUUUCUUUCAUCACCAACGACGUCUCCUUGAUCCGCGACGAGUCCUCGUUCCUCCUCAUCACCGGUCCCAACAUGGGUGGUAAAUCGACUUACAUCCGACAGAUCGGUGUGAUUGCGCUCAUGGCGCAGACGGGCUGUUUUGUCCCUUGCUCUGAAGCUGAGUUAACAAUUUUCGACUGUAUUCUUGCCCGUGUUGGUGCUAGUGACUCUCAGCUCAAGGGUGUUUCAACAUUCAUGGCGGAGAUGUUGGAGACUUCAAACAUUCUCAAGUCGGCUACGUCGGAGUCUUUGAUUAUCGUCGAUGAACUUGGUCGUGGUACUAGUACUUAUGAUGGAUUUGGUUUAGCUUGGGCUAUUUCAGAGCACAUCGUCACUGAAAUCCGCUGCUUCGGACUCUUCGCGACUCACUUCCACGAAUUGACAGCCCUCGCGGAACGAUAUCCCAAGUCAGUCAAGAACCUCCACGUCGUAGCCUUCAUCGACGGCGCGGAAACCAAACCCGAACCCGCAGAAGACGAGAAAAUCAACCAACAACGCCAGGUCACCCUCCUCUACCGUGUCGAACCCGGCAUCUGCGACCAAUCCUUCGGUAUCCACGUCGCCGAACUAGUCCGCUUCCCCGAGAAGGUAGUCAAUAUGGCACGCCAAAAGGCAGAGGAACUCGAAGAUUUCUCAUCUGCAGAGCAGCCAAAUAAGAAGGAACAGCAGUCUGCUCUUGACGGAUACUCUCAGGAAGAGGUUGAGGAGGGAAGUGCGUUGCUUAAAGCUAUGCUGGUGAAAUGGAAGGGGGAAAUCGAAGCGCCUGGUAAGGAGGGCUUGUCAGCUGCUGAGAAGAGAGAAAUUAUGAGAGAGAUUGUUAACGGGGAUGAGAAGUUGAGGGCCAGUAAGAUGUUUCAGGGUCUGAAGGAUGACAACAUGAUCAUGAGCGAUGGAUUGCUACGGGUGUUUUGGCCAUAUGAUCUCCCGCGCUCGUCGGCGCCAGGGGUGGUUGUUGGAUGGCGGAACUCGGAGCUAGAUUUGUUUGUGCUUACAGUGUUGGAGGAUGUGGAGCCUCGGAAUGUCGACAAUGCACUACGCGCCGGAAUCCUCUUUCGCAAUAGCCCCCAUCCUAUCGUACAGAUUUUCAACCUUUGUGGAAGGUCGAUGAUGCAUGUUCUCGGGACGACGAAUCCAAAACAUUCGCCUACAACAUUUAAACCAUCAGACCUAUACGUUACAACCCCGCCAUCAUGUAGGGUGCCCCAAAUUUAUUGUCCGCCAGAGGCGAAUCUCUCAGUUCAAGUCAUCAUGUUCCACCGUCCGCAUCCGACCCGAAUGGAGUAUAUGUCGUUGAACCCGAUCUCACUUGCGUUGGGCGACAAGACAUCAACUGCUGAGGGAUCCGGCGGGAUGACCAAAAGCGACACAGAGGAAGCGCAUGAAAAGGUUCGAUCCGGGAAGUUGGUUGAGAAACUCAAGUUCCACACGGUAGUCAAACACGUGCCGUCGCAGAAAGAGCAGGCGCUCCCUCUCAUCAUUAACCAGGCCAAUUGCGCAUACGAGAUGGGGAAGCUCAUGGAGAAGAAUAGCCACCUGGUUGGAACCCGCGCGAAAAGGAGCAUGAGCGUUGGAGAGCGUGUGGUGGAAUCCGCUACGACUAUAUGGGAUCUCUUUGUUCUUGGUAUCUCUUAUGUAUUCUGGCAGUGGUUUUGGCCUGUUAUCACUCGACUUUUUGUCAUUGGUCUUGUGUUCCAUCGCGGAGUCGCGGAGGUGGUUUUGCAGGUUCUUGAAUGGCGCGCCCGUCCUGAUGCCGCUGCUGUGAAAGACAUAUCAGCAACGGCCCAGCAGGUAGAUAUCCGGCUUCAGCAAUUUUGCUACUGGCCCAUACAAUAUGUCAAGUUACGCCAGAGGAAGGACAAUUGGGAGAGCGUUACGACGAGUCAUCCAGAUUACAUCCGGUUUUACAACAGUCUUUGGCUAGUUGCCAAUGAUGUGAUUAUUGGAAUUGCUUUGGGAUCGUACAUCAUUGAUAACGCGAACUGGGUGGCUUUCCAGAUCAAUAUUGUCCUCAGUGGCUGGACCGUUGAGGGAUUGCAAGGGACAAUUUCGUGGCUGAUGGAUUGGCCGGCUGGAUUGAAACUCAAUAAUGAACUGGCUGCUUUCUUGGGUGACCUUUUCUUAUGGGUUAUAGAGAAUUGGGCUGCGCUCUUCUCCGACCUUGUCUCCAUACUUACUGUUCAUAUCUACUCCUUCUAUAUCGCCUCUGCCCGUAUCUUCAACUGGCAACUUACCAUUAUAAUAUCUCUUUUCCAUCUGUUUCGCGGGAAAAAGCGAAACGUGCUACGCAACCGUAUAGACUCAUGUGAUUACGAUCUUGAUCAACUUCUCCUCGGAACAAUCUUGUUCACCGUCCUCUUCUUCCUUCUGCCCACCGUCGUUGUCUUUUAUCUUACUUUUGCAUCCGCGCGGAUGCUGAUCAUCUCACUGAAAGCUGCGUUGGACACCUGUCUGGCGUUUUUGAAUCAUUUCCCGCUUUUUGCGUUGAUGCUGCGGGUUAAGGAUUCGAGACGAUUGCCAGGCGGUAUUCGGUUUGAGCUUCGGGAGGAAUAUGACAAGUCAAAUCAUAUUUCCCCCACUACUAUGUCCUACAUUCAUCUCGAGUCUAUCCCUCUUCCCCUCCGUGCAAUGUUCGAUCAAUACUUCCAACUAGGCCAUCGUCUUCGAAAACACUAUCUUUCUCCACGAGUUAUCUUUUGUCUCGUGACCGGCCGCUUUGUACCUCCUAUCCACCGCCGCAACCUAUACAGCAUGCAAUAUAGCAUGUUACCAGCGCGCCGGGCCGGAAUGGCAGAGGUAUGGGCCAUGUUGACCCAGCCCAAGAAGGGCGGCAGUGGAGGUAGUGGUUCGUCGUCAGGCGGAGGGAUGAGUACAGGAGGAAAUGGGUUACUCAAGGUUCCAGCGGGAUUUGGACAGGGAGAUGCUAGGAGACGUGGGCAUCGAUGA